ACCUAUCAAUUAAUGAAUUAACCUGAUGAGAGAUUAAGACAAGACAAGAAAAGAGUUAUAAUCCCUAAAUCCCUAAUUUUUUGUAAUUGAUUGAUUUGGAUAUUCCCAAACAAAUUGAUUUUGAAAAAAUCAUUCAAAACGGCUUUAUCUACGGUAACACCACCUUAUCAUCACCAUCAUCAUCAUCAUCAUCCGCAUCAACAUCAUACAAUGGUGCCAAACGAUGGUCAUCAUGGAUUUCAUCAACGUUCAGCAGCUGCUAAUCAUUUUUGGUCAACAGCAACAUCAUCUGCAUCAUCAUCACCAACAUCAUUAACAUCAUCAAGAUUUGUUUCAGCCGUUGCCGAUGUAUUAGCACAACAACAAGAUCAAUGUAUGAUGCAACAUAAGGGCCACUCAGGAAUCAAUCAACUAGGCGGCGUCUACGUGAACGGGCGUCCAUUGCCUGAUUCGACCCGCCAAAAAAUUGUCGAGCUAGCACAUAGUGGUGCUCGACCUUGUGACAUAUCUCGUAUAUUACAGGUGUCCAACGGUUGUGUAUCCAAAAUUCUAGGUCGAUAUUACGAGACUGGCUCUAUACGUCCGAGAGCAAUUGGUGGCAGUAAGCCACGAGUUGCAACAUCGGACGUUGUGGCCAAGAUCGCACAAUAUAAACGUGAAUGUCCAUCAAUAUUUGCAUGGGAAAUUCGUGAUAGGUUACUUUCGGAAGGAGCCUGUAACAAUGACAAUGUACCAUCGGUCUCUUCAAUCAAUCGUGUAUUACGUAAUUUGGCUGCCCAAAAAGAACAAAACAAUCAUCAUCAUCAUCAUACACAUCAUCAUCAUUCUACACAUCAUCAUCCACAUGCACAAACAGCCGAUGUUGUUUAUGAUAAAUUACGUAUUUUGAAUGGACAAAAUUGGCCAAGACCAUCACCAUGGUAUCCGGGUAGUACUACAUUUGGUAGUAUUACAUCAGCACAUUGUAUGCCAUCAGUACCAACACCGGCUGCUGUAACCAAUAAUAAUAAUAAUAAUAAUAAUAACAGUAAUAUUAAUAAUAAUAUAACUAAUACUAAUACCAAUACAACAUCAUCGGCCGCAUCAAUUGAAAAUGGAAAUUCUGUAAAAAAAGAUGUUGAUUCUAGUACUGAAGAUUCAUCACAACAUGAUGGUUCGGAUGUUGAUUCAGCUGCACGUUUACGUUUAAAACGAAAAUUACAACGAAAUCGUACAUCAUUUACGCCCGAACAAAUUGAAUCACUUGAAAAAGAAUUUGAACGUACACAUUAUCCGGAUGUAUUUGCUCGUGAACGACUAGCAGCAAAAAUUGAAUUGCCCGAAGCUAGAAUACAGGAGUAUGAUAUCGUACAGGUAUGGUUCAGUAAUCGACGGGCCAAAUGGAGGCGGGAAGAAAAACUACGUAAUAAUCGUCAUACACGAUCAUCAUCAUCAACAUCAUCAACAACAAAUAACAACAACAAUAAUAAUAAUAAUAAUAACAACAACAUUGAUAUGACAUCGACAACAACAACAACAACAAACAUUUCGCAAAGUGCCCAACAGAUAACAACCGUUGCAACAACAGCGGCAGCAUCAGCACAACAUUCACAGCAUUCGAUACAAUCAUUACAAUCAUCCGGUCUUCAACAAAAUCAACAACCACAACAUGGACCACCACCACCAAUAUCGGUACCAUCAAUAACAACGCCUACACAUCAUUCUCAUAAUCAUAAUUCACAAUCUGGAAUGACAUCACCGGAUAGUAUUAUUCAUAAUAGUUUGACCGAAUUGAAUAAUUCCCAUGCAAAUGGUGGAACAAACGCUACAACACCUUCACCGGCUCAUGCAGCAACGGCUGCUGCUGCUGCUGCGGCCGCUGCAGCUGCUGCAAAUGCUGCCGCUGUUGUCGCAUCAAGUCAAACAUCGCGAAUACCAAUCAGUUCUAGUUUUGCUAAUCAUUCACUUUAUCCGACCAUACCACAGCCAAUGCCAUCGAUGACCGAUACAUAUGGAUCGAUGGGAAUGUCAUCAUAUUCAAUGUCGAAUAAUAUGGCCAAUGCAAAUCAAUGUUUACAACAGCAAGCAGCCGCCUAUUCAUUUAUGCAUCAUCCAUCAACACAUAGUAGUCAUAGCGCCCGAAAUCCAUAUGAUACAAUCGGUUUAAGCUAUUCAAGACAUUCUGGAUGUCCAUCAGCUGCUGCAGCACAAAUGCAUGCAAUGCAAUCAGUAAAUGGUCAAUUUAAUCAUGUAAACAAUUCAACAGCCGGAGGAUCGACAGGUAAGCUUCAUAGUCAUCAUAGGACACCAUCAUCAUUGGAGCUUAGUCAUCAUGCCAAUCUCAACUCGUAUUUUCAUCCGAACAGGAUUGAUAUCACCGGGAGUUUCUGUACCAGUCCAAGUGCCUGGACAGAUUAUAAAUGAUGAUUUAUCAAAUGCUAUGAAUUCUGUUGUUUCAGCUAAUAAUAAUUAUUGGUCUCAUUGCAUUUAAAUAAUUAACACACC